UAAAAAUCGCCACUUGUGUGUGGUUCAGAUUAUUGGUUUUUAGACGGACAAAUUACACAUCCAGUUGUCUUUGACGAACUUCGAUGGCAAUAUGAUUCGCGCCCUGCAUCGCGAUGUUUACAAAUAAAGGGUUCAGUAGCCGAGAGCUUUAUUAUCGCAGCAAAUUCGUGAAUUCGCAAGUUAACAGGUGUUUGGAUCACAGAGUAACGAUUUUUUUUCUAUUCUAGCUUUAGCAUGAAUUACGAUCGCGGGAAAAGAAACCGAUUAAUUAUUCGAAAUUGAAUAGACUCGCGUGUGUAUGGUACGUUGUAUAACACGCGGUAGGUACGCACGGGCGCGCGCGCCAAAUCGUAAUUAACUAUCAAGGCAGGCGGAGGCGGCGGACGCCCUUGAGCGUCGGGAGGUCGACCGGCGACGACAGCAUUAAGUCGCACAGCAACCGGCCGAACUUUUCAAAGGCAGUAGUCACUGGUAAGUCGAGCUCGGGCGAAGUGCGGUGGCUAAUGUUAGAUCCAGAGCGGGGCGACCGACCGACAUGGACCGGAUAUUUCGGGGCAUAAUGAAGUACAGGCGAACGAACAGGGCGAAAAUGGUUGAGCAGUUCGUCCAGGUGAAAAAUAACCCGGAGCCUAAAGCUUUAUUUUUCACUUGUAUGGACAGCCGUAUGUUGCCAGCCCGAUUUACUGAAACUAAUAUUGGUGACAUGUUCAUUGUUCGAAAUGCUGGAAAUUUGAUUCCACAUUCGCAACAUUUCCUAGAUGAAUAUACUACAUGUGAACCAGCUGCCUUGGAACUAGGAUGUGUACAUAACGAUAUAAGGCAUGUGAUUGUUUGCGGGCAUUCUGAUUGCAAAGCAAUGAACUUGUUGCACCUACUCAGGGACACAGAAUUUGCUAGCAUCGACAACCGUCGGAUGUCGCCGCUCCGAUCAUGGCUCUGUACUCAUGCAAUAUCAUCUUUAGAAAAGUAUCAACAGCUGGAAGCAGCAGGCUUCGACACACCACUCAUUUUUCAAGCAGAGACACCUUUACGCAGGAUUAUUGCUUACAUUGAUCCGGAAGACAAAUUUUCUAUCACAGAUAAGUUAUCACAGGUUAAUACCCUACAGCAGAUGCAAAAUAUUGCCAGCUACGGUUUCCUUAGGAAGCGUCUAGAGGCGUAUGACCUGCAUAUACACGCUCUUUGGUUUGACAUAUAUACCGGGGAUAUCUACUAUUUUAGUAGACAGAGUAAAAAAUUUGUUGAGAUAAAUGAAGAAAACGUGGAUAAACUCGUGGAAGAGGUUUCUAAGUAUUAUUGCUAAGAUAAAGUGAAGUUUAUUGUAUAUAGGUACAUCCAUUCACAUAUACUUGACGCACAAACACACACACGUAAAGACUUAACUUGGUGCUUAAUAUUAAUUAAAAUUCAAGACUAAAACAGAACAAUAACUAAACUAUUUUACAUACAUUCCGAAACGAACAUUCCAACUAAACAAUUAUACACAUUAUCGUACUUAAUUUUAUUUUAUACAACUGUUAUUAUUAAUUUUUAAUCAAAGGGAUUUUGAAUCUCCGUCUAUAACGCUAUUUUUAUUUUUC